GUCCUUCCAAAUCCCAGAUGUCUCACAUUCUCCUCAAAAGUUGCACCCUUGCAUUGGCUUCUGCCCGCAUUACCAGGCCCAUGUCCAGAGCAACCUCUUCUUCCAAACCCCCUCUUCCAGCCCUUCAAUCCAAAACUUCAGCCCAUGAAGAAUCCUCCAAUGGCGUUUCUGGGUCCGAGGUUCGUGUUUUUGUUAGGAAAAAGAGAGUGAAAAUGGCUGUUGAAACCCCAGAAAAUGAGAUUAAAGCUGAACCUCAACAGCAGAAAAUCUGUGAACUACCUGACAUUGAAGAGUUCACUUACAGAAAGGGCAAAAGAUCUACCCAUUUAAGGAAGUCAAAACCCACCUCUGACGUGCCUCCAGGAGGAACUGAAAUUACUUCUUCCAUUAGGCCAGCAGCUGAACCACCUGCCAAUUGGGAAAAGAUCCUUGAAGGGAUUCGUAAAAUGAGGUCUUCUGAAGAUGCACCAGUAGAUUCAAUGGGUUGUGAGAAAGCUGGCAGCUCUCUUCCCCCAAGGGAAAGAAGAUUUGCUGUCUUGGUGUCUUCACUUCUAUCAAGCCAAACCAAGGAUAAUGUUACUCAUGGAGCAAUACAGCGGCUCCUUCAAAAUGGUCUGCUUGUUGCUGAUGCCAUUGACAAGGCUGAUGAAGCAACCAUCAAGAGCUUGAUUUACCCGGUUGGAUUUUACUCGAGGAAAGCUGGUAACCUUAAAAAAAUUGCAAAAAUCUGUCUCAUGAAAUAUGAUGGAGAUAUACCAAGUUCAUUGGAAGAGUUGCUCUUACUUCCAGGGAUAGGUCCAAAGAUGGCUCAUUUGGUCAUGAACGUGGCUUGGAACAAUGUCCAAGGGAUUUGUGUUGAUACUCAUGUGCACCGCAUUUGUAAUAGGCUUGGAUGGGUGUCACGGCGAGGAACAAAGCAGAAAACUUCAUCGCCUGAGGAAACAAGAGAGUCGUUGCAACUGUGGCUUCCAAAAGAAGAAUGGGUUCCAAUUAAUCCUCUUUUGGUGGGAUUUGGACAGACAAUAUGCACUCCUCUCAGACCUCGCUGUGGAGUGUGUGGUGUAAGCGAUCUCUGCCCAUCUGCAUUCAAGGAGGCACAGAGCCCAUCAUCCAAGAUGAAGAAGCCUGGUACAGACGAGAAGCUUUGAUAUGUUGGUUUCUUACAAUGUGUAAUGAAAGGUCCCAUUUUUGUGCUCUCCAUCCUUCAUUGUUUAGGCGAAAAAGCCAUUUCUGUUUUGAUGGGAGGGAAUAGAAACAAUGCAGAUUUGGAGAAUUUGUUUUGUCAACCAACAUUGUAAUUAGUAAUCGAAAGAUCAAAAUUAACAUUCA